AUGGCAUCUAAUAUUAUUUCACGAGUCGGUAGAGGUGAAGGCUUUGGAAAUGAAGGAGGAAAUGGUUAUAGCGAAGGAGGAAAUGGAUCCAACAGUGUAAAUAAGAAACGUGUAUAUAAAAAACGUGGCGGGCAAGGCCAAGGUGAUAGCCAAGGUUCAGGAAACGGAUCCAAUGGCAAUGGUAAUAACCAAGGUUCAGGAAACGGAUCCAAUGGCAAUGGUGAUAACCAAGGCUCAGAAAACGGAUCCAAUCGAAAUGGUGAUAAUCAAGGUUCAGGAAACGGUAGUGGUGUAAAUAAGAAACGCGGUGGUAACCAAGGUUCAGGAAACGGAUCCAAUGGCAGUGGUGCUAACCAAGGUUCAGGAAGUGGAUCCAAUGGCAGUGGUGAUAAUCAAGGUUCAGGAAGUGCUAACCAAGGUUCAGGAAGCGAAUCCAAUAGCAAUGGUGAUAACCAAGGUUCAGGAAACGGAUCCAAUGGAAAUGGUGCCAACCAAAGUUCAGGAAACGGCAGUGGUGUAAAUAAGAAACGCGGUGGUAACCAAGGUUCAGGAAACGGAUCCAAUGGCAGUGGUGCUAACCAAGUUUCAGGAAAUGGAUCCAAUGGCAAUGGUGGUAACCAAGGUUCAGGAAGCGGAUCCAAUGGCAGUGGUUCUAACCAAGGUUCAGGAAGCGGAUCCAAUGGCAGUGGUUCUAACCAAGGUUCAGGAAGCGGAUCCAAUGGCAGUGGUGAUAACCAAGGUUCAGAAAACGGAUCCAAUGGCAAUGGUGGUAACCAAGGUUCAGGAAACGGAUCCAAUGGCAAUGGUGCUAAUCAAGGUUCAGGAAACGGAUCCAAUGGCAGUGGUGUAAAUAAGAAACGCGGUGGUAGCCAAGGUUCAGGAAACGGAUCCAAUGGAAAUGGUUCUAACCAAAGUUCAGGAAACGGAUCCAAUGGAAAUGGUGAUAACCAAGGUUCAGGAAACGGAUCCAAUGGAAAUGGUGAUAACCAAGGUUCAGGAAACGGUUCCAAUGGCAAUAGUGAUAACCAGGGUUCAGGAAAUGGUUCCAAUGGCAAUGGUGCUAACCAAGGUUCAGGAAACGGUUCCAAUGGUGUAAAUAAGAAGCGUGGUGGGGAAGGUGGUGAAGGUAAAGGCCAACGUUCAAGAACCGGGUCAAAUGGUGUGAAGAAACUCGGUGAUGAAGGUGAAGGUCAAAAUGAAAACCAAAAUUCAGAAACCAGUGUUAACUUAGUUUGA